AUGCCUGCUCUGGAUCUAGUCGACCACUCCCGCGUCGACACCCCUCCUGCCUCAAAACUUGAUACUGCUGCGAAUCUCGUCCUCAUCGACAAUUAUGACUCCUUCACGUGGAAUGUGUACCAAUAUCUCAUAUUGGAAGGAGCCACUGUUACGGUAUACAGGAAUGAUAAGAUCUCCCUAGAGGACCUGAUAGGAAAGAAACCAACACAGCUGGUGGUAUCUCCAGGACCAGGUCACCCAGACACAGACUCGGGAGUGAGCAAGGAUGCUAUUAAAUACUUCGCUGGGAAGAUUCCUAUCUUUGGCGUAUGCAUGGGCCAGCAAUGUAUAAUAUCGGCAUUUGGCGGCAAGGUCGACGUCACUGGUGAGAUCUUGCAUGGCAAGACUUCUCCUUUACGGCAUGAUGGUGGGGGUGUAUAUGCUGAUGUUCCUCAAGACGUUGAGGUUACACGUUAUCACUCGCUUGCUGGUACACAUCCCACUUUGCCAGAAUGUCUAGAGGUUUCAAGCUGGAUUGCUGCUGGUCCCGAUGGCGGAAAGGGCGUCAUUAUGGGCGUUCGUCACAAAGAAUACGUGAUGGAGGGCGUACAAUUUCAUCCUGAGAGCAUCUUGACAGAGAAUGGCCGGACCAUGCUACGAAAUUUCUUGCGUAUGACUGGUGGGACCUGGAAACACGAAAUGAAUUCUCAUCGUCCAAAUGGCGUGACCAAUGGCACAUCGAAGAAGAAGAAGACAAACAUAUUGGAGCAGAUCUAUGCUAGGAGAAGAGAUGUUGUUGCUGCACAGAAGGCUAUCCCAUCGCAGAGGCCAGAGGAUUUACAGGCCGCAUAUGACCUGGGUCUUGCUCCACCACAGAUUUCCUUUACCGAUCGACUACGCCAAUCUGAGUAUCCUAUAUCAUUGCUCGCUGAAAUCAAGCGAGCUUCUCCUUCUAAGGGUAUUAUUCAGAUAGAUGCAUGUGCACCAGCACAGGCCCGCAAGUAUGCUCAGGCAGGUGCUUCAGUGAUUUCUGUACUCACUGAACCUGACUGGUUUAAAGGCAGUCUCGAUGACAUGAGAUAUGUCCGGCAAGCAUUGGAAAGCAUGCCAAAUCGACCCGCCGUGCUGCGCAAGGAAUUCAUUUUUGAAGAAUACCAGAUCCUCGAGGCUCGACUGGCUGGUGCAGAUACGGUCCUGCUCAUUGUCAAGAUGCUGGAUGUACCAACCUUAACAAGAUUGUACAAAUACUCUCAGAGUCUAGGUAUGGAGCCACUGGUAGAGGUCAACACAGCAGAAGAGAUGAAAAUCGCUGUCGAGCUAGGCUCCAAGGCUAUUGGCGUAAACAACCGUGAUCUGACCAACUUCGAGGUCGAUCUUGGUACCACAAGCAGGUUGCUGGAUAUCGUGCCAAAGGAGACCAUUGUUUGUGCACUGAGUGGCAUCUCUGGGCCUCAAGAUGUCGAGGCCUAUAGGAAGGAGGGCGUCGAAGGUGUGCUGGUUGGCGAGGCUCUCAUGCGCCCAACUGAUACUAUCGCCUUCAUUUCCCAUUUGCUUGGGGAGCCGAAAGUGCCGAAGACAACUACUAAGCAGCCAUUAUCUGUGAAAAUCUGCGGAACGAGAUCCCCAGAAGCGGCCAAAGCCGCGAUAGACGCGGGUGCUGAUUACAUUGGCAUUAUCAGAGUGCCUACGAGAUCAAGAUUCGUUCAAGACCAUAUCGUCCACGAAAUUGCUGAAGUCGUGAAGACCACACCGAAGGUACAGAAGCAAGAAGUGCCGGCUGCUCAUGUUGGCGCUGAAGACUACUUUGAGUACAGAUCAAGAUCAAAUGCACAGUCAAAUCGAGUCAAGCUUGUAGGCGUGUACUUAAACCAAAGCCUUGAAACAAUUAUCGAAGAGGUACACAGGUUCGACCUUGAUAUGGUUCAAUUGCAUGGUACCGAACCAUUAGAAUGGACGAGGAGUAUACCAGUUCCCGUCAUUCGAAGAUUCUCACCAGGCGAAGCUGGCUUCAGUGCGAGGGGUUAUCAGGCUAUCUCACUACUUGACGCUGGUGCUGGUGGUUCGGGGCAACAGCUUGAUAGCGUCUCUCUUCGAUUGCUGUUCGAGAAGGAUCCAAGCGUUAAGGCAAUGCUCGCUGGGGGGCUCAGCGCAGGGAAUGUCGAAAAUGUUCUUCAGAAACUGGGCCCUUACCGUUGCAACAUCAUCGCUGUCGACACGAGCAGUGGUGUAGAAACUGAUGGCAAGCAGGAUCUGUCGAAAAUCGCUGCUUUUGUGAAAGCAGCUAAGAAUUGA